AUGGUUGAGAGCGAAACCCCCGCAGAGGGAGAGGAGCUGGGCGACCUGGGGCUGAAGCCCCGUUUCUUCCUAAACCGCCUCCUGCACGGGCUGUUCUGCAGCGGCGCCUUCCGCCAGGCCCUGAAGGAGGGAAGGCGCAGCCGGCGGAAAGUGGAAAUCCUCACCGUGCUGCUGAUCGGGCUGCUGAGCUUCCUCCUGCGCCUCUUCUCAGUCACCCGAAAUGAAGCAAUCAUACACGAGUUUGACCCGUACUUUAAUUACAAGUUAACAAAAAUUUUGAACGAAAAUAAUUUCUACCACUUUUGGAAUUACUUUGAUGCGAAGGCCUGGUUCCCCUUGGGGAGGACAACGGGGCAGACCUUAUUCCCCGGCCUGAUGUUGACGAGUCAUUUUAUAUACAAAAUUUGCAACAAGCUUGGGUUCCUAGUGGACAUCAAGAUGGUCUGCAUCUACAUUGGGCCCCUAUUCAGCUGCUUAACGUGUGUAAUGACGUACGUCCUCACAGUGGAGGUGUAUCACUUUGGAGGGGCAGGGUUACUGGCAGCUCUCUUCGUUUGCAUGUCUCCCUCCCAUGUCUCCAGGACAGUUGCAGGAUCGUAUGACAAUGAAUCAAUCGCCAUCUUUCUGCUCCUCCUCUGUUUAUACACCUGGAUUAGGUGUCUGAAGAAGGGGACGCUCCUCUCAGCUCUGGUGUGCUCCCUCAGUACCUACUACAUGGCUCUCUCAUGGGGUGCCUACAUCUACAUUACCAAUUCGAUUAGCCUCUACAUGCUGGUUAUUCUCCUGCUGAAGCGGUGCGACUCAAAAAAUUUGAUCUCCUUUAAUGUGUAUUACGUAUUAACAAGUAUCCUUUGCCUGAACAUCCCCUGUAUUAAUAGAUCCGUUUUUGCAAGCAUCGAGCACCUCGGGACGCAUGCCAUUUUUGUGUUAAUCAAUUUGUUCCUACUAGCCAGGCACGUGAGUGUCCUUCUGAAGCUCUCAUGGAAUCAUAGAUCAAGAACGCUACUAGAUCCUACUUAUGCAUCUAAGCACAAUCCUAUCGUUGCAUCUAUUUCUGAGCACCAGCCUACCACAUGGUCUUCUUACUUUUUUGACGUGCACCUUGUUUUGAUUUUUGUGCCCAUUGGACUCUACGAGUGUAUGAAGGAGCAAGCCACGAGGGGAGCCUUCUUCUUAGGCAUUUUUUCCCUCCUCUGUUUGUACUUCUCCGCCCUUAUGGUCAGACUGCUUUUGAUAUUCUCCCCCAUUGCCAGUGUGUUGAGCGCCAUAGGGUUGUCUUCCCUACUUAGCCGCUACGUGCGCUUUGUGCGCCUGCCCCCCAGCACGUUCCGGGCGUCUCUCCUCUUUGAGAGCGAGCUCCCCCGGGGGGACAGCCGCUCCUGCGAGGGCAGCUACACAGGGGAGGGGGACUACCCAGGGGAAGAGGACUACGCAUGUGAAGGGGAUUACCCAGGAGGAGAGGAUUACACAUGUGGAGAGGGUUACUCAGAUGGAGGGGGCCACUCAGAUGGGGGGGGCUGCAGCGGGCAGCUGGCUUCCGAGGAGAAGGCGCACCGGCGAGGGGAGGGCAGUCCCACCGACGGGGAGAGCGGCGCUGCCAACUCCGCCAGUGUGAUGGCCGCCCCCCCUCCCGAGGAGCGGCUCAUCAAGCUUCCCUUCAACCGAACGGAGAACACCGAGGUGUCGAUCCUGACGAGCCUGUGCAUCUUAACCCUGCUGGGCUACCUGGUAGUUCUGGCCAUCCUGCACGCCACCUGGUGCUCCUCCAUCGCCUACUCAGAGUCUAACAUAACCUUUUACAGCCGAAAUGAAAAGGGAGAGAGGUACAUAAACGACGACGUGAGGCAGAUGUACAAAUGGAUUCAGCAGAACACAAAGACAGAUGCACGGAUAGUGGCUUGGUGGGACUACGGCUACCAGUUGAGUGUCAUGGGGGAUAGAGUCACCUACGUAGAUAACAACACGUGGAGCACUGCUCACAUCGCCACAGUCGGGUUGAUCCUCAGUGCAAAUGAAAAACAAGCCUACGAUUAUGUGAAGGAGAUGGAUGCGAAUUACGUCCUCGUGUCUUAUGGGGGCUACUCGAAGAACUCUUCAGAUGAUCUUAACAAAUUUCUGUGGAUUCUUAAAAUUACAAACCAACAGUUUAAGCAUGUAAACCCACUGCUCUAUUACUACCAUGAUCAGAACCACCCCCUGGGGAAGAACGCCACGUCCUUUAUGUCGAGCAGCCUGCUCUACAGACUCUCCUACUUUAACGUGUCGAAUGGGAAGGUCAGGGGGUAUGACUACAUAAGGAAGCUGGAGGUCCCGGAGGUCAGGGGGCUCCGCUACUUCGAGGAGGUCUUCACCUCCGACGUGUGGGGCUUCCGCUUGUACAGGGUUAGGGAGGACGUCUGA